UGUUUACAGUGUUAUUUAGUAUUACAAUAUAUUCCGUACACCGAGCAUGGACAUCGUUCGGUGGAUUUAAAUUGUUCUUAAUUAAUGGCUCACAUAAUUAACACACUGCAACCAUAGAAUUAAAAGUGCGCUUUAAGCUAAUAAAAACUUCUCUUUAGUUAAUUAAAUUGAACCGUUCCUUAUCAGUUUGUUGCCGGCUGCAAUAUUUACAAACAUCUCAACUGUGACAUCACACACAAUAAAUAUACCGAGAACGAGACAGCGAGUGUGUCUUUUUUAGUGUAAGAUAUUCGUUUUGAGCAAGGCUGUGUGUGUAAAGAGAGCGUUUUCCUAUGUGGAGAAAAUUUGGUGUAGACAAUCGAAAUGUAUUUACCGAAACCGGAAAUUGCAGUGUAUUUGAUUGUUUAUGUUUUGUUUCUGUUAUAUGGCAUUUAUCAGAUUUACAUGCUAUCGGAUGUUAUUUCCAGUAAAUCAAAGUACAUUGGCUUUACGAACGGUUGGAAAUUGCUAGGCCGUAAGAGAGACGACCUGGACUUUGAGUGGGAAUCAUGGAAGUAUUUUGUUUGGGACAAUUGCCUAUGGUUCAGUUUCCAUUUGAUAUUGACGGAAACGGUACGAUGGAUUGCGCCGAAGUUUGUAUCCAGAGCUCAUAUGGGCAUCGGUGCUUGUUUCAUUCUCGUACAUUUUAAUCUGAAGGUUCUAACGAUUCUUUUGGCGAAAACAUUCUCCUUCAUUCUGCUGAUGCAUUUCAAUCGAAAACGCGUUGUCUGGUUGUGUGCAACAUUUUGGCUGCUUGUGAUCAUCCUAUUUAAGUACUGGGAGCAACACGAUCAAAUAGGAAAAUUGCUCGAUUUAAAUGAGUCCCAGUGUUACGAGCUCGUUAUCAUCCUAUCGUGGAACGUUUUGAAGUCAAUCAGCUUUUCAGUCGACUACAUCAGCAACAAGAAUAAACAAACCACAGAUGUGUUCGGUUUGGUCAAUAUUUAUGGAUAUGUCCUAUACUUUCCGAAUCUAUUACUCGGACCAUUUAUAAUAUUCGGUCGGUACAACGGAAUGAUGAACAAUGCUCCGAUGUGGAAUGGUAAAAACGCCAUCGCCAGAUUGAUGCGACUGAUCGUUGACUUGAGCAGGGCAUGUUUUUGGCUACUAUUCACCGAUUUCGCUUUACACUUCAUCUAUCUGGGUAAUCUUCAGCAUAAUACUGACGUCGUGAAAAUCUUGAGCCCUUGGUCCCUGUACACAUUCGGUUACUUGAUGGGUCAAUUUUUCCACAACAAGUACGUGGUCUUUUACGGCCUACCGAUGGCGAUCGCAAGGUACGAAAACAUAGAUGCGCCGGGACUGCCGAAAUGUAUCGGAAGGAUACAUUUGUAUUCGAACAUGUGGAAGUAUUUCGAUCAGGGACUGUACGAGUUUCUGUUCUAUUACAUAUACACAUCACUCUGCCAGAAGACAUCACCUGUGUACCGAAAAGUAUUCGCUAGUUUUGUAACAUUCGCAUUCAUCUACCUCUGGCACGGUGUCUACCAAUUUGUGUUCAUCUGGGCGAUGAUGAAUUUCGUGUGCCUGCAAUUGGAACAACUGGGACGGUACAUGGGCCGAACGCAACGGGAUCGAUUUGAACGACACUUUAGUCCAUCGAAUCGGCAUCGAAUCAAAGCAGUGCUCGGUACGCAGAUAUUCAUUCCGGCGGUGAUAUCGAAUUUCUAUUUUUUCGCUGGCGUUGAUGUGGGGAAUGUGUUUGUGAAACGGACAUAUUUGACGGGAAAUUGUGGCACUUAUGUUAGCUUAAGUUUCUGUUCCUAUUGCAUCUAUCAUGUGUCGGAAGUGAUUGAACGAUGGGAAAUUGAAAGGCGACGAGAAAAAACAUUAAAAAUUGGCUAGACCACUUAAUAGCAGAGGAGUUUUGAUAUUC